CGGAACCGCCAUCUUGAAAAGUGCCCUCCGAUGAUCUACCUUUUCGCGCCUGUCACAAUCGGUUUUAAACGUUGUAUUUCCCCCCCGCGGAAUUGCUUGUUAUCUCUGCGUUCGUUUUGUCAAGGCCCAGGGCUAAUGGCAAGAUAAGCCACAUGCUGGAGACUCGCCGUUUACCGUUGUAUAUCGGUGUGUGCUGUUGAACUGCUGUAUGCGUGCUGUUUGUCAGUCUGUCCAUAACCGCUGUCUGCCUGCCUGUCUGUCCAUUCGGCUAGCCUGGAAUGGGCCACAACUCUCAAAGAGUAGAACACACCUCUUUUUAACCUGAGCUCUGCCGUCUGGACUCCAACAUACUCACAGAGCCAACAUGUUCUGGAAAUUUGACCUCCACACCACAUCCCACAUUGACACGCUGCUAGAGAAGGAGGAUGUGACACUGACAGAGGUGAUGGAUGAAGAUGACGUCCUGCAGGAGUGCAAGGCCCAGAACCACAAACUGGUUGACUUCCUGCUGAGACCACAGUGCAUGGAGGAUCUGGUCACCUUCAUCACACAGGAACCCAGUACUGAUGUUGAGGAGAAGGUUAAAUACAAGUAUCCCAACAUAUCAUGUGAGCUGCUUACAUCUGAUGUGAGCCAGAUAAAUGACAGACUGGGAGAAGAUGAAAAACUGCUGAUGAAACUUUAUGGAUUCCUCCAGAAUGAGCCGCCUCUCAACCCGCUCCUGGCCAGCUUCUUCUCUAAGGUCCUGUCCAUUCUUAUAGGACGCAAGCCUGAACAGAUAGUGGAUUUUCUGCGGAAGCGGGAGGACUUUGUAGACUUGAUGAUCAAACACAUUGGGACAUCUGCCAUCAUGGACCUGCUGCUCAGAAUGCUCACCUGCAUUGAACCACAACAGCUACGACAGGAUGUUCUCAACUGGCUAAAUGAGGAGAAGGUAAUUCAGAGACUGGUGGACAUGGUGCAGCCUUCUCAAGAUGAGGAUAGACACUCCAAUGCCUCCCAGUCACUGUGUGAGAUCAUCAGACUGAGCAGAGAUCAGAUGUUCCAGGUCCAGGGCUGUUCAGAGCCUGACCCACUUCUGGCCACACUUGAAAAGCAGGAGACAGUGGAGCAACUGCUGUCAAAUAUCUUUGACAAGGAGAAGAAUGAAUCUGCAAUUGUCAGUGUUAUCCAGAUCCUCCUCACGUUGUUUGAGACAAGGAGACCAGCGUUUGAGGGUCACAUGGAGUGUCCUCCAGGGAUGUCCCAUCCUUCAUUCUCAGUCAACCACAGCAUCCUGGAGGCUGUGAGACCCCGACUUAAAGACUUUCACCAGCUGCUACUGGAACCCCCAAAGAAGAAUGUGAUGAAGACAACGUGGGGGGUGCUGGACCCCCCAGUGGGCAACACCAGGCUUAAUGUGGUCAGACUGGUGGCCAGUCUGUUGCAGAGCAACACACACAGCAUCAACACAGAACUCAUUAACCUCAACACGCUGGAAGUCAUACUAGACAUGUAUUUCAAAUACAUCUGGAACAACUUCCUCCACAUUCAGGUGGAGAUCUGCACAGCCAUGAUUCUGGCUAUGCCCCCCGCCCCCACUGAUGUCCAGCCAGACACAGAGCAGGAACAUGCUAGGGAAAGCAUCCUCAUCAAACAUCUGUUUCAAAAGUGCCAGUUUAUUCAGAGAAUCGUAGAUGCCUGGAGCUCCAAUGAGAAAGAACAGGCGGAAGGUGGUCGGCGACGAGGCUACAUGGGUCACCUCACCAGAAUAGCCAACUCUAUAGUUCAUAACUGUGACAAAGGCCCUAAUGGACCGCAGAUACAACAGCUCAUCUCAGAGCUCCCAGCAGAGGACAGAGAGAAAUGGGAGGCCUUUAUUUCUGGGCAGCUGGCUGACACAAACAAGAGAAACACUGUCGACCUGGUGAACACACACCACAUCCAUUCUUCCAGUGAUGAUGAGGUGGACUUUAAAGACAGUGGCUUUCACCAGGACUCCUCUCUACAACAAGCCUUUUCUGAUUAUCAGAUGCAACAAAUGACGUCCAAUUUUAUUGAGCAGUUCGGCUUCAAUGAUGAAGAGUUUGCUGAUCAGGACGAUGUUGUGGAUAUUCCCUUUGAUAGAAUAUCAGACAUCAAUUUUUCACUGAAUACAAAUGAAAGUGCGAACAUAGCUUUGUUUGAGGCUCGCUGUAAGGAGAAAAUCCAGCAGUUUGAAGAUGCUGGUUCAGAUGAGGAAGAUAUCUGGGAUGAAAAAGAUGUCACCUUCGCACCAGAGGCUCAGAGACGCCCCAGGAGUUCAGGCAGCACAGACAGUGAGGAGAGCACAGACUCAGAGGAGGAGGAUGGCAAGAGAGAUCCAUUUGAAGUGUCCAACCCCAGCACCGAUGACAGAAUGGAAGUUGACACAGGGCCAGUGUGGACAGCAAACUUCGAUGACAUCCCCAUGGACACGGGCACAUCCACAGCUCCGGCCUCCAGUCCCAACAACCCUGUUGCCCCCUCUCCUUUAUCGUCAUCCACCUCUUCAACAGAAGCCCUCCCUGAGACAGCAUGGAGCGCCUCUCCUGCUGCCAACUCUGAAACGGGCUGGGCUGACUUCUCCAACUUCACCCCUGUUAGCCCUAAAGACCCACUGAGGUGCAAUUCUCCUGUUGCUAUGGAAACCAGCAUAGAGACAAUGGACCCUCUUGGGGUCAAUGCACCCAUUCAGCCUGAAGACUGUGAUGGCUGGUUGGGAACCGGUUUGGCUUGUCCCUCCUCCACCUCACCUAAGGAUUGUGGGAGAUCCAAAGCGGAGGAGGAAACAACCUCUUGUGAGCAGCGCAGCAUCACAGAGACAGUCAUCAACGGCUCUAUGAAAGAAACCGUGAGCCUCACUGUUGAUGCCAAGACUGAGACCGCCGUCUUUAAGAGUGAUGAAGAGAAGAGUGCUUCUUCAGAGAAAUACUCAGUAGUGGAGUGUGUGGAUUUGGAGAGAACAGACGUCAACAGCUCAGCCACAGCCUGCUGUCCCAAAACAGGCAGUGAGAAGUGUCGGUCUACUGUGGAGCUUCCCAAUGGUCCUCUAGAGGAAAUGCCAGCUGUAGAGGAGGCCAAACUGGACCAGAGUGCCGUGUCCUCAGAGCCAGCUGUGAAUGGGCCGGCAUGAAGGUUUUCUAAUGCCAGCCAAUGGCCAGCCUGUUCUGCCACGCAGGACCCUCCUCCUGGCUAGCCAGCGGAGGCCACUGCUCAGAGCUGUACCAAUCACACGCCCCCACCAGGACCAGCAAUACUCCCAUCGGGUCAUCACUGACAGUCAGACAGACAGGUGUACAGACACAGGAUGAACUGAAAAGCAAAAAGAGAGACAUACUCAAAUGGAUACAGAAUAGUUUUUUUUCUGCAUUUGUUUAUAUACUAUUGUUCUUAUGAGGUGAUGUGCGACUGAUAUCUUGCCACUCAAAAUUAAAUAGUAAUGUUGCUAUAGUUAAAGAAAUGAUUGUAUGAAUAAAAUAUUUUAUAAAAAGAAAAAUGUAUACAGAAACAUAAGAUGAAUUACAACAGAAACAGGAAAAGCUGAUUGGUGAGCCAACCAAUCACUAAGCUGUUGUUACUUGCUGGAUCCUGCGUAGCAGUUGCUAUAUUUAAAAUUCUCACCCACCAUUGGUCUGUGUGUCUGAGCAAAGCUGCUCCUGCCAAUUGAAACACAUUUUAAAAACCAGACUUAAAGUUUUAUUUUGCUGCAGGCCUUCUUUGUAAAUGUUUUUCUCCUCUUCUUUUGCUUUGAGUCAGAUUUGACAAGCUUUUUGGUAUAUAUUUUUUUUUUUUAAUUUAUUAUGAAAGUAAAAUGAUGGUGAUAUUUUGUUACUUAAGAGCCAUACCAACACACUCUCCCCUUCUGGCAGGCUGCAUUCAUGCUAAUUGGGUCCCUACCUCGCAGCUGGAAGGCUAAACAGGAGAGGCACAGUUUGUUUGCCUAAACUGGGAGCUGCACAAGUGUUAGCUCCACCUCAACUUCCUCAGAUCACUGUCUGUUCUUUGGCCCAACACUGCUUUUUCUUUUUUAGUUUAGUAGUUACCAGUAGUUCUCAACUAUGGGGUCUCUCUUUACAUUUAGCAAAUUCCAUUGCAGGUUCAAGAUGUAUCUAUACCGUGUGCAGAACUUUUGAAUUUUAAGCAGCUACAGCAUUUUAGGGAAUUUAGAGGAAUGAACAAAUUACACACAGGAACAUGAGAGGAAAAGAGAAUGCAAUGUGAUUGAGUUAGUUCAAUUUAUUUCUGAAGACAACUAUUUUAAAUUUUGAAUUUGUUCUUUAUCAGCUGCUGAACAAGUUCUAACCACAGGUGUUUGUUCUUGAACUGUGUUCAGACUGACAGCAGCACUGUGGAAAAACACAGGUGUUGGCAAAUCAGGGUUGCCAACACGCAGAGCGAGGAAGUUGAACGUGGCUCAGCACUAUAUUGGCAGUGCAAGUGCACAUUCCUGGCAGAUCACCUUGUAAGGUGAACAGUGAAAUUCUACCAUUUAGCUGCCAAGUGUUGAGAUAGAGGAUAAGAUGACUGCCACUUUGAUAACUUUCCACAGUUCUAAAAUCCUUCCUCAAAAUAUGCUGUGCAGUGUUUUUAGUGUCUGAGAAGCCUUGAGAAGUAUGACUCUCACUCAAACUUCUGCCUUCCUUCCUGCAUUGUUUUUUAUUAUUAUUAUUUCUCAGCAGCAACCAAAGUAACACACCCCCACCAAUGCAGACCCUUGUAUCUUGGAGUGAUCUUUAAUCCUGGAAGUCCAGAUUGAGUAAAGCAUCUUUGAGUGUGAGCAGUUUUUAGUGCUAUUGUCAGUCUGAAUGCACCAUUGUUCCACCUAUAUUUUAUUUCUUUCAUUCACCACCUCAAUUUCAAAAUCAAUCUAACACCUGAUGAAGGUGGAUUUUUUUUAAGUUGAGUUUUCAAACUUAAACUUUUGAAACAAACUUCAAACCUGCCAUGGUUGUGUUCACAUACUGUAGUUGCCUCUGUAUACAUGGCCUUUUAGCUUUGGUUUGGUCUCCACCAACUCCUGAGAAUAUGUCUUUCUGGCUUUUGAGGUGCCUGGUGCUUUGAGGUGCCUGGUGCAUUAUAAAUGAUGACCAACUUCUGCAGUUGCCAGCAUACUGAGCAAAAAUGCAGAGAUGGACAUCAGUUAAUGUUGCAGCAUUUCUGCUGAAUAUAUGUCCACUGAGCCCAACAUAAACCAAUCACCAAUGCAUCUGCUUGCAGCUGGGAUGAAAUGAUUUAUAUUUUGCUAGAAAUCGCACUCUUCUGCUGCUUUCCUUCUUUCCAUGGAACCCCUUCUUCUCCCCACACCAAAUGGGGCAGUUUUUUCAUCUUGGCAACUCAUGAUUCACUGUUUAGCAUUUGGUUCCAAGAGAAAAUGGUUUUGUAACUCAGUUUUCUGUACCAGCAUUGGAAAGGGAAUAAGCUAUUUACAGAUGAUAGUACAACUUAUCCCCCACUUUUUUGUCUGAUUAUUAAUUAAUUAAAUUUCAUCUUAAUUUCUGAA